AUGACUAGAGGUCUAGGGCGAGAUGAUGUACUUGCUACUAUUGCUUGGUGUCUGGUCACUGCACUAUCUUGCAUAGAAGUUGUUCUCGUAACGAAAGGCGUAGGAACUCACAUGGAUAACUUGUCCAAAGAAUCAUUGGCUGAGCUCUUCUCAUUGAUGCCUGUCGACAAAAUGCUAUUCAUAUCAUCGGGUUGUUUUGUUAGGCUUUCCAUUCUGUUUUGCCUUCCUCGCAUCUACAGAGACAGGUCUUUUAUGACGUGUAUCUAUGGCGUCUCUUUGGCAACCGUGAUUGUCGCUGCGACUUCCCUUUUGUUCCUGGUAUUCUCAUGCAGCCCUCCAUCUGAUGUCUUCAACGCCGCGAACCCAGACAGACAAUGUGUCUCCAACUAUACUUUGGGUCGCAUGAGACAAGCGCAUUCUAUCUCGGCCACUGUCGUCAAUAUUAUCAUCCUGUUCCUCGCAAUUUGGGCCUCAUCAACAACAUCGAGAACUCGCGCAAAGACUAUCAAGCGGACACUCAUUCUUGUCGUUGGCGUAUUUGCCAUCGUUUCGUCUUUGGUUCGCAUAGGGAUACUACUAACCACUGACUUGAGCAUCGAUACAACCCACAGAAUGGUCCGUACAGCACCUUGGUUCCCUAUUGAAGUCCACACCGGACUCUGGUGCAGCUGUCUCCUUGCCUUUGAGCCCUUAACUGAGCCGAGUAAUAACCCAAGAAACUACAACAAUUACAAUAUGAGAAAACUUUCCCGAAGUAGCGCUUGGGAACCACAAGACGACCUGUGGCACAGGAACUUGGUGACAUCGAAUCCUCGUAUCUCAAUUCACGGAAUGCCCAGAGAUACUAAAGGAAAGAGAAAAGCAUCGAACGCUGAGUCAGAGGCUGAUAUUGAGAUGUUGGAAAACGAGAGAGGUAUCAAGUUGACUACUGAAUUUUCUGUUCAUGUAGAGAAUAGUGCUCAUGCUGGAGAGCGAUUGGAAGAAAGGGUCUCAAGAACACCGGCGUGGAAUGCUUUCUGA